AUGAUCACGUAGAAAUAAGACAUGUAUACAAGGGGACCGUAAUGUAACCAUGUCUGCUUGUCUGAAGUGGACCCUCUUGAUUGUCAGCUCCAUGGCGGGCCACCUUGCAGGACAACUCGAUGAACCUAGAAAUGUGAAAAUAGAGUCCAGGAACUACAGUCUCUUUCUCACAUGGCUUCCAGCUCCUGAAAAUCCUUCUUUUGUAACCUAUGAAGUACAGUACACCAAUUUCACCUAUGACAGUGACACCAACGAUAUAUACAGAUGGACACCAGUCCCUGCAUGUGAAAAUAUCUCCAUUACAGAGUGUGACUUUAGCUGUAUCCUUAUGAAAUUUUGGGACUGGAACCACACAGUACAGGUGCGAACUGUUUCUCCUGCCAGAUCUCCAUGGGUUCAAAUUCAAAAUAUAGAAUACAUGUUUACAGUGGACCCGGACCCUCCAAAUCUAACUGUAACUCAAGGAGAUGACUCUAUAACUGUUAAUGCCUCUACACAGAUGCCAAUUUGUGUACGACCAUACAUCUUUUAUAGGACUUUGACAUAUUUCGUGAUGAUCCAGAAUAAAUACAAUACAAAUGAGGUCAUAGAACAAGAACUGGAUGGGCCUUCAAUCACAAUCAAAACUCUUGGAUACAAUGGAGAAUAUUGUGUUACUGCCAAAACAAUACUUACGACUUUUAAUGUUAAAAGGAGCAAGUUCUCUUGUCCAAUUUGCCUCAAUUUCACCCAAAAAGAUGGGCGCUAUCACACAGUAUUACUUGCUGUGCCAGCACUUUUUCUAAUUUGCAGUGGUAUUGCUAUUAUAACUUGUCUGGUCUGGUAUAAGAUAAGAGUAACCUUCAAGAUGCCUCAAGUUUUGGAUUUUUCAAAUAACAAAUAUUGCCAGAAGAAUCCAUGUUUGCCAGAACUGGACCCCAAUAUAUAUCAUUCAGUUACCAUUUGUAAUAUGGCAGAAGAGGACUUCUCAACCAAACUUCAGAUUCCUGAUAUAUAUGAUGAUGGGGACAAUAUUUACCCAACCAAAGGCCAAGGAUACAUGGUGCGACCCUCUAUGCAAACUUUAGAUCCUCAUAGGCAGCUGUACUUUUCUUCUAAAGGCUUGGAGUUCAAUUCCAGCAGUGACAACUCUUCAUCUGGCUGUACCUGCCCAAAUACAUCAGGAUCAGUCACAAACAUGUUCUUCGAAGCAAAGAAUGAUCAAACUAGCGAUUGUUCUAAUGAGAUCAAUAUAGAUGUCUCAAGAGAUGUUCAAAUGUUUCCCUCUACAUCCAUUUCUGAGAGCAACCGGUUUGACAGUCUCCCUACAUCAGUCUCUAAUUCCUUAGGGAACGUGCUCUUUGAUACAUUGUGUAUAGGGGGCAAUAAUGAUCCUAUGGACAUCUCAGAUGGGGAAUCUGAUAACCAGUACUGCACAGACUCUGAGGACGACUUGGACUCAUUCCAUACAGACUAUAAAAAGUCUGAUUCCAAAUUUCCUUCAGAAGAUGAAAACGCACAUAAAGACUGCAGUUCAGGCUACACACUGAGGACUUGCAUGUCAAGGAAAUAUUAAAUAUGGAGAAACAAAUAUAUUUAUUUAUGGAAGAUUAGGGCUAAUAUUGCAAUGAAUGGUAUAAAGUGUGUGUGUGUGUGUGUGUGUGUAUACCACCUAUAAUAAAACAGAAGGAUUCUUGUUUUCUCUACAAGGAUUUUAUUGUUCCAAAGCAUUAAAAAUGAGUAGACAAUCUUAAUUAAAAUUAUCCUAUUUUGUGUCUACAGUCCAAUACACACACCUAUGUGUUUCCUUGGUAACAAAAUGUGUAAAUGUUCCCAUGUGGUCAUAUUUCCAACCAUGUAUUCCCUACCUAGUGCUAACCUACCAAAUAAAUUAGCAAGGGUUAAGGAAGGAAGAAGGAAUAUGCGAGGGGGUAUAAAUGAUCAGACUACACAGGGUUUGUUUUUUGUCUGUUACCAUGGAGACAUACAGGAUUGCAUAGUUGCUGUUUAC